UUGGCCUGAGAACGCCUCUCGUCAUACUUCAGGCAACAACACCAAGCAAGCUCGGGGAAAUUUAUUGUCAGAGAACAAAAAUAUGGACCGAGAACGCACACACAACGGAGAGGCCAUCGCUCUCAAUAAACCCAACGAUAUAGAGGGUCGCAGGCGUGCUGGAGCCUAUCCCAGCUAUCUUCGGGCGAGAGGCGGUGUACACCCUGAACUGGUCGCCAGCCAAUCACAGGGCGACGACAUCCCCCUCAGGAAAAGUGUGGCGGCCCAUCAACAUGAAUCACUAUUCCACCAAGAAGAGUGCGGCUCAGAGCAUGCUCGACGUGGCCUUAUUGAUGGCCAACUCGUCUCAGUUGAAGACCGUUCUCUACGUGGGGCCUCAAUAUCAUUUCUACCUCCCCCUCAUUGUCUUACUGUCUCUUUCCAUCACGCUGCAAGUCAUCGUGGGUCUACUGCUCGUUUUUAUAGUGAAGUACGAUUUGAACGAUGUGCGUAAACAAGCCAAGUUGAACAGGAUGAACAAUGUGGCAACUGUCUUGGUCUUCUUCACGGUCCUCAUCAACAUCUUCAUCACGGCGCUGGGCUUCGAGGGACACGCGCUCAGGCCACCACCACAUGGCAUCAUGUUAGAAGCAGCACCUCAGAUAUCCCAUCAGCCUUCUGAACGCAACACGACCGGCCUUUGAACCAGCACUUUAAUCUGUCAUCAAAUCCAAAGUUUGAUUGUUAGAAGUCAUUUUUAUUAUGUAGAUAGCCUUGUUUUACCGCUCUUCAAAAUGCUGCAUAAUUCAUAAUUUUGUAUAAAAAUGAUUGGGUUCAUCUGAAAUGAAAUUCUCUUACAGUAUAUUGACAAAUCAGCAUUUUUUUGGUCAUCUCCAAUGUAAACAGUGUCGCAGUCUAUCAUGAGUAAGGGCCAUUAUUUCAUCGGUGGUGCUGAAAAGCAUUAUUUUAUUUUAUUUUUUACAUAAAACAAGCCGAUCGAG